AUGAAAUCUCUUUAUUUAGUAUUCCUCACUCAAUCCAAUGAAUAACAACAAGUACUGUUAUUUCAAAAUACUCCAUAACAACCAUUCUCUCUUCCUCAAACUGAAAUUACAAAAGAGGAUUUCUUAAGUGCAUCAAUUGCUGGACCGAAAAUAAUCUUGGAUUAGUUGAAGAACAUAGAAUUGUAGAAAUUCUCUUUUUUCAAGAAAGCAUACUCAGAUCUGAUUGAUUUUCAUAAAUACAAUGAGAGAGAAAAGUAUAUGUGGAGUCUAAGUUCAUAAGAGGAGAAAUAAUUACUUAGACACAAAAGGAAUGUUUAGACUCCACUUUGGACACAAUAUUUUAAUAAUUGUCCUCUAUGGAAUGAUGAUAACGAAGAAAACUUUUAUUACAUAAUAAACUUACAGCAAAAUGAUCUCGAUUAUAUUCAUUAACAAAAGGGCUUAAUUUUUAAAUAAGUCAAUAUAUUGGAAUUACAAGAAAUUUUAUCAUUGAAUUUGCCAGAGUAGAAAGAUAAGUUUAUAGAUUUGUAAAAUGCUUUGAUAAAUAAAGAAUAUUUAAGAACAGAUGGUAGAGUUAUACUCCACUUUAAUUUCAAAACCAAAUAAUAUUCAAUUUAAGAUGGUUCAGGCUUUUCUUUGGAUACUGUGUCUGUUUACAAUGGAAUAUUUCGUAGAAGAUAUGAUAAUUGGAAUCAAUAUAACGUUGCUGAAGGUCAUUAUCCAAGUGAUGAUGUAAUUUAGAGGGCUGAUGCAAUCAUUAUGCCUGGGAAUAGAGUAUCUGUGUAUGAGCAUUACUAGUGGAUAGAGGAUGUUAAAGCAAUAUUAAAAAAGUCUUAUGAGACUAAUCCAAAGGUCAAGAUUCUAGGGAUUUGCUUUGGAUUUUAAAUACUUACUGUAGCAUUGGGAGGGAAUGUAGAAGCAAUGUAAAAUGAUUUUGUUUUUGGGAACACUCCCCUAUUCCAUAAUAUUGAGGCAAUGAAAUAAUUCAAGUUGUUUUAAGGAAUGUAAUUACAAGAAAGAACUAUCAUAAAUCAAGCUCAUGGUGAUGAAAUUACAAAAUACCCAGAAAUUUUAUAAUUAAUCUCUUCCAGCCAGUCUUGCAAAAAUGAAAUCAUGAUUUCUAAAGAUGAAAGAAUUUUGGUAUUUUAAGGACAUCCUGAAUAUUCUAGUGCAGGAAUGAAUAUGUUAUCACUUGCAUCAAGAUUACCAUCAGAAUUAUCAACCUUAGAAUAGGUUAUUAAGGAGGUUAAGAGAUUAUAUCCUCAAGAAUAGGAUCCAUUCCAUUUGAAUUUAUGUUUGAAAUUUCUUAAAUUUGAAAAAUAAUUAUAAGAAAUAAAAUGA